AUGGUUUCUUUUACUUCUCUUUCUGCUGUCGCUCUCUUAAUCGCCUCAGGUGUGAUUGCUGCACCUUGGCAUUCCGACAUUAACUAUCACACUCAUCGUGCUCGUGGCGUUGGAGCGAAUGGCGUGAGUCUCGCUAGCUAUCAUCCACCGACCGUAUUCGAGACGUAUGGUAUCAACGGAGCAGCGUUCUCAAUCGACGACCACUCUCCAGAAGGCUUGGCCAAGUCAUUCCUUCAGGAAAAGUUGCGAGUGACUGCUGACGCAUUCACUCGCCAUGCUGGACACACUCAUGAUGGCGUCUCGUAUGAGUAUUUUACGCAGAAUAUCAAUGGCAUUCCCGUUGGGAACGCUGUGGCCAACGUUGCUAUGAAAGACGGGAAGGUUGUCUCAUACGGUUCCAGCUUUAUUGAACCAAAGAACGUAGGCCCGAAGGAACCUAUCAUCGACCAAGAAAAGGGGAUUGCGUUCGCGGAGGAGGUUGUUGGUGGAAAGUGGAAUCAGUCGCCGGUCAAACUCGAGUACAUCGCAAGGGACGACGGGUCUUGUGCUCUCACCUAUGUAGUGCAAGUCGUGGGCUCAGACGGCUCCUGGAAGGAGCUUUAUGUUAGCGCAUACGACGGCAAACUCCUCAACGUGGUUGACUUCGUCGCGGACUCGAGUUAUCACGUUGUUCCCCUCAACUGCCAAGAUCCUACUCAAUGCUACGAGGUGGUCACUAAUCCGGAGGAUAGCGAGGCUUCUCCUGAAGGCUGGCACGACAAAACUCUCAUAUCAAGCGUGACAGCAGGAAACAAUGUUAUUUCUUACAAGAACCUCCCCCUUUCAAUAACUGCCCAGUCUACCAGCAAUUAUACCUACGACUAUCCAUACGAUCCCAAGAAAGAUCCUGAGCAGGACCCAAAUGUCGAUGCCGCCCGAGUCAACACAUUCUACGUGGUAAACAAGAUGCAUGAUUUGGCAUACCAGUAUGGUUUCACCGAGUCCGCAUAUAACUUCCAGGAUGACAACUUUGACAAAGGUGGUAAGGGAAAUGACCGCGUGCUGGUAUCGGUCCAGGAUGCCUCGGGAAAGAACAACGCUAAUUUCGCAACACCGCCCGAUGGGGUGGGUGGUCAAAUGCGUAUGUUUACUUGGAACAUGACGUCCCCAAACCGGGACGGUGCUCUGGAAAACGACAUUAUCGUCCACGAAUAUACGCAUGGUAUAUCCAAUCGUCUGACUGGUGGGGGAACUGGCAGGUGCUUGCAGACUCUCGAGGCCGGCGGUAUGGGUGAGGGCUGGAGCGAUGCGAUGGCUGAACUUACCGAAGCAAAGUCGACCCCGUUGCCCAAUUUCACUCUGGGAUCAUAUGUUACGGGUAAACAGGGAGGCAUUCGUAGCCAUCCUUAUUCCACCGACAUGAAUGUGAAUCCGUUGACAUACGGAAGCCUAUCAUCGAAGAAUGAGGUUCAUGCUAUCGGAGAACUUUGGGCAGUCAUAUUACACGAUCUUCUUUCCCAUUGUGUGAAGGAAUACGGGAUUGGCAAACUUGAUCCUUCGGAAGAAAUGGGCAACUCGAUUGUAUUGCAUCUUAUCAUGGACGGCUUUUCUAUCCAGCCGUGUAACCCGACGUUCAUCGAUGCUCGAGAGGCUAUUUUACAAGCUGACCGCAACCGAUAUGAAGGCAAGUACAAGUGUGACAUAUGGGAGGCUUUCGCCAGGCGAGGUCUGGGAAAAGGUGCUCAAAAGGGUAAAUACGAGGACAACUUUGAUCUGCCCCAGGAAUGUGUUAGGUAG